UCGUGAGCAGGAAUUCUGCCCUGUAUUGUACACUAUCUUCACCAUUACUUAAAACUGCUUUCGUAGAGUGAGAGUUCUUGUGAUAUGUAUCUAAUAUAAACAAAUGUAACCGCCAGUACCGCCACUGACUCACUCUCACUCUAUCCAUCUAUUUCACGCCGAGGCAGAAUUCCUGGUAUAGACCCUCCCUUGCAUUCUGGCCAGAUUCGGCCCCGAACUGUGGCCAGAACACAAAGCAGUAGUGUAUCUCAUACUAAAUAUUUUCUAUGUGUGAAUCUUUUGUGAAUAAUCAGACCUGACGCACCCUGAUUUUUUCAAAUAUUCAUAUCUUCUAAUCAAAGUUAUAUCGUCUAGUCGCUUUCGUUUUAUAGAUAAAAUUAAUUUGUUUGAAAUAACAAAAAUGUCUGAUCACUUUGGUCCAAUAACUUUGAAAUGGGAUCCCAAGAAUUUGGAGAUCCGUACCAUGUCUGUAGAAAAAACAUUGGAACCCUUGGUUUUACAAGUUACUACGCUUGUAAAUACAAAGGGUCCUAGCAAGAAAAAGAAAGGAAAAUCAAAAAGGGCUAGUGCUUUAGUUGGAACUGUUGAGAAAGCAACUAGCAAUUUUAUUGAGAAAGGUGAACAAAUAGCUUAUGAAAAUCCUGACAUUACUGCAGAAAUGUUAAGUGCUGUUGAGGAAGUAAAAAAGACAGGUGCUGCAAUGAGCAUUGCUGCUAGAGAGUUUUCUGAAGAUCCUUGUUCUUCUUUAAAAAGAGGGAACAUGGUUCGUGCAGCAAGGAACUUGUUAUCUGCAGUAACACGUUUGCUUAUUUUAGCAGAUAUGGUUGAUGUGCAUUUGUUGCUGAAAUCACUUCAUGUGGUAGAAGAUGAUUUAAAAAAAUUGAAGAAUGCAUCUUCACAAGGAGAAUUAUUAGAAAACAUAAAACAAUUUGGAAGAAAUGCAUCAGAACUUAUGAAUCAAGCUGCAAAACGUCAGCAAGAGUUAAAAGAUCCUCAAUUAAGAGAUGACUUAGCUGCGGCAAGAGCUGUUCUUAAAAAGCAUUCUACUAUGCUUCUUACUGCCUCCAAAGUUUAUGUUCGACAUCCUGAACUAGCUGCAGCAAAAGCAAACCGUGAUUAUGUUCUGAAGCAAGUAUGUGAAGCUGUAAACACCAUUAAUGACGUAGCACAAGGAAAGACUCCAGUUGAUAGCCAACAUCCUUAUGAAGGACCUGGAGAACUAGCUGCUGCAUUAGAUGAUUUUGAUGAAAGAAUGGUAAUGUCUCCACUUGCAUAUAAUGAAGUACGUACAAGACCUAGUCUUGAGGAAAGGUUGGAAAGUAUCAUCAGUGGUGCUGCAUUGAUGGCGGAUUCUUCAUGCACUCGAGAUGAACGCAGAGAACGCAUUGUUGCAGAAUGUAAUGCAGUUAGGCAAGCACUUCAGGAUUUGUUGAGUGAAUAUAUGAAUAAUUUACAGCUUGCUCGGGGUGGGAAACGGAUGGGUGUCAAGGAACAAUCCGAAGGUUUAGAAAGAGCAAUUGAUCAUAUGUGCAGAAAAACUCGUGAUCUUCGUAGACAAUUACGAAAAGCCGUAGUAGAUCAUGUAUCUGAUAGUUUUUUGGAAACAAGUGUACCUUUAUUGGUCCUCAUUGAAGCUGCAAGAAAUGGUCGUGAUAAAGAAGUGGAAGAAUAUGCACUUGUUUUUACAGAGCAUGCCAAUAAGCUAGUUGAGGUUGCCAAUUUAGUAUGUAGUAUGUCCGGAAACGAAGAUGGUGUAAAAAUGGUUCGAUAUGCGGCAGCACAAAUUGGAAACCUGUGUCCACAAGUAAUCAAUGCAGCCCGUGUUCUUGCAGCUCGUAAUCGAUCUAAAGUAGCGUUAGAUAACAUGGAAGUAUUUCGGCAAGCAUGGGAGAAUCAAGUAAGAGUAUUAACAGAAGCUGUCGAUGAUAUUACUACCAUUGAUGAUUUCUUAGCUGUAUCUGAAAAUCAUAUCUUGGAAGACGUAAAUAAAUGUGUAUUGGCAUUACAAGAAGGUGAUGCUGAUACUUUAGAUAGAACCGCGGGUGCAAUCCGUGGACGAUCUGCCAGAGUGUGUAACGUUGUUCAAGCAGAAAUGGAUAAUUAUGAGCCUUGUAUCUAUACGAAACGAGUUUUAGAAGCCGUGAAAGUUUUAAGGGAACAAGUGAUGCCAAAAUUUGCACAGAGAGUAGAAGUCGCGGUAGAUGCAUUGGGUAGUAAUCCUGCUAAAGAUGUGGAUGAAAAUGAUUUUAUAGAUGCUUCGAGAUUGGUUUAUGACGGUGUUCGUGAAAUUAGGCGAGCCGUACUGAUGAACAGAGCGGAUGAAGAUUUGGAUCCAGAAGACGUGGAACUUGAUGAACAUUAUACAUUAGAAACUCGUAGUAAAUCGAGUGCUCAAACUGGUGAACAUGGUGUUGAUGAAUAUCCAGAAAUUAGCGGAAUUACUACGGCUCGUGAAGCUAUGCGUAAAAUGCCAGAAGAAGAUAAACAAAAAAUCUUACAGCAAGUAGAAUACUUCAAGAGUGAGAAACUAAAGUUCGAUAAAGAAGUUGCCAAGUGGGACGAUGCAGGAAACGAUAUUAUUGUUCUUGCUAAGCACAUGUGUAUGAUCAUGAUGGAAAUGACUGAUUUCACUAGAGGUCGUGGACCUUUAAAGACAACUAUGGAUGUCAUCAACGCUGCAAAGAAAAUUUCUGAAGCCGGGACUAAAUUAGAUAAAUUAACGAGACAAAUAGCAGAUCAGUGUCCAGAAAGUUCUACUAAAAAAGAUCUGUUAGCAUACUUACAACGUAUAGCAUUAUAUUGUCAUCAAAUGAAUAUUACAAGCAAAGUUAAAGCAGAUGUACAAAAUAUCAGUGGAGAAUUAAUUGUAUCUGGACUUGAUAGUGCAACUUCUCUCAUUCAGGCAGCUAAAAAUCUAAUGAAUGCAGUUGUACUAACUGUUAAGGCUUCGUAUGUUGCUUCAACCAAAUAUCCUCGACAAUCUACAGUAACUUCUCCAAUUGUUGUAUGGAAAAUGAAAGCACCAGAAAAGAAACCAUUGGUACGUCCUGAAAGACCAGAAGAAGUCAGGGCAAAAGUACGUAAAGGUUCACAGAAAAAGGUGCAAAACCCGAUACAUGCACUUUCCGAAUUUCAGAGUCCUACAGAAAGUGUUUAAGACCUUAUGUGUAAGUAAUUUAAUAGAGUCUAGUAUACAGCAUCACCUUUAAAAAAUUGUAUGAAUAAAAUGUUUUAUUUUCUACUAAGUAUAAAAUUAAAACACAGAAUCUAUGUUUAUUGUUAAUUUAUUGUCAUGAAGUACAGGGUGCUCCAGCAAUCGUGGUAUAACCGAGCAGGAAGUAAUUUCUCAUAUAAAAAUAAAUUAAAAGAACAGAAUAAGAUUUUUGCAUGUAAGGCUUCAUUUUCAAGAAAAAUGACCUAAUUGUACUACCAUUGUUGGAAUAUUUUGUAUUUUUUUGCAAACGAAAUUCACAAUUUGAACAUUUCUAUAAUAUUUAAAUGUACAACAAAAUUUUUAUUAUUGAUUAAGUAUCAAUUCUAAAGAAAUGCUAUCCUUUUUAUCAUUAUUUAUAAAAGAUAAAAAUUUAAAUUAAACGCAUAACAAUUUUUUAAUAAAAUUUUAUUAAGUGGUAUUAAAUGUUGAGCAACGUAUAUAUACUUACGUACAUACAUACAUAAACUUAUCAAAGAUCUCAUAUUUUUGUUGUAAUAUCAAACAUUUGUAUUGGACUGAAAUUGGUAAUUAUUUUUCUGUUUUGUUAAUAUAUAGAUCACCCUAUUCAACGAUUUUAUAACCAGCACACAUUCUUAUACAUAUCCAGCAAUAAGGUCUCUAACAAUAAAAAGAUGUAUAAGGCUGUUAUUUUAAGUAAUGUUAAUAACAAUUACAGGCCUUGAAUUUUUGCUACUAUGUUACACGGAGGUCAGUUUCUUACUAUAAUGAAUUUUUUGACAAUAAUAUUGAUAAAUACUUUGCUAUGAUUUUACAAAAAGAAAAAAACAACUAAGAUACAAAUAAUAAUGUUAGCAUUCUUCCAAGUGGUAAUUAUAUUAAUAAUUCCAAGUAAUCAAUAUGAAAGUAUAAGAAUUCAUUUGUAUAAAUAUAUUUGAUGUAACAAAUUAUAUUUUUUCUAUACAUAAAUCUUUUACUUAUAUAAUUUAACUUUAUAUAUCUGUCUUGCAUACAUGUUUUAAUGUAUUUUACGAUUUCCUAGAGAAUUUGAUUAAAAAUUGGACUUUUUGUUAUUCAAUAUCAUAUUCGUAAUUAGGUGGAAGACGUGUUACUGUGUGUCAACAAAACUUGCAUAAAAGCAAUAUAAAUAAGACAGUAUUGCAUUGGAAUAAAGAGACUGCAGAUCAAAGUAUUUAAUGAUUGUAUAUAAGUAAAUAUGAUUACAAUUAUACAUUAAAAAAAAUCUUCUUUAUGAUUUUAUAUUACCUAUAGCAUAUAAGAAAUAAUUGUAAAAAAACUGAUACCAAUUUCAUACUUUAUAUAAUGAGUGAAAUAUUAUAUUCGAAAAACAAUUGAAAUUUAUUACAUUUACAAAUUUUGUAGCAAAUAUUAAAUUAUGAUUCUCUGGUUAUUACAAAAAUAACAUGUUGUACGUGUGGCAAAUACAUAAUAGAAAUAUAUAAUUGUGCUUAACAUUAUAAUAUGUAUUGUUUUAUUUAUAUUAGUAUAGUUAUUGUAGUAAAUGUUGCAUUGGAAUAUAUUAAAGAGUUUGCAGAAUAUAUGGAAUAAAAACAUUUCACAUUUCAUAACUUUUAAUGCAAUAUGUAUUGGUAUCAAUUUUUUACUAUUGUAAAACUGAUACUAAUUUAUAUAGAAAUAAUUGUAAGAUUUAAUUGUAGUUAUAUAUAUACUGAUAUGCUGCCAAAUACAAGGUGAUGCUUUUAACAAAUGUUUCUUUUUUACUAUUACUAAUAUUUUAUGCAUUAUAUUCACAAAUAAAUUGUUUAUUCCACAUGAAAAAUUAUAAUAAUCACUAUUAUAAAUCAAUAGGAAAGGACAUCAUAAAUGCAAUACAUAAAUUUAUAUUUUAUAUAAUUCAUUUAUAUACUAAAUAUUACAGAAAUAAUAAUACAAUACAGGAAAUUGCAAAUGCAAAUGAUUAAUGGCAAUGAUAUAAUUAUAAUAAUACACACUUGCUUAAACAAUAUAAUUAUUUUUAUCUUAAUCCUCUACACAUUACUUUUAUAGUGGCACUUAAAAAAAGAUUUAUUGCUACAAAAAGUUUAUCUGUAUUUUUUACAUUUUAAAUUUUUUGUUUUUUUUCGUUUUAUAUUAACAUAAAAUUGAAAAAAAUAUAUGUAUAUCCUGCACAACCACAUAAAUUAAAUAAAAGCAAAAUAGUAUUUGUGCUUGUUGAUCUAGAUUUAAGUUAUGAGUACUACUGAAUAAUAAUUUUUUUUCAUGACUUUUAAAGUAUUUUUCAUCGUACAUAAUAUGAAAUGGUUAUAAUUGCUCACUUCUUAAAAUUUAAAUUAUCUUAUUAUUAUUAGUAUGAAUAUAAUGAAACACCAAAUAAAUACAGGUACUAUUGAAAUAACUCAUAAAAAACGUGAUAUUUAUUUUCAGACAUUAUUUAAAUUUGAGAUAAUUUAAGUGUUGGAAAACAUGAAGUAUUAUGCAGUAAUACAUUAUAUGGUGUUUAUAUAGUUAUAUAGCAUAACCAGAUGAAUUUUGUUAUAUUUUUCUACUGAUAAAAUACAGCUUUUAUUGAUAUACAUGACAUGCUACUAAAAAUGUUAAUAAUAUGAUUGAUAUAAACAUUGCAUGUCAUUUGAAUUGACACAUAUUUAAUGACUACAAGAUAUAUAUUUAUAUGACUAUUAGUAAUGUUUCAUACUUACAUUCUUUUUUUAAAUUUUAUCGCAGAAAGUAAAAUUAUAUAAACUAAAUAGGUGCUUUUAAUUGAUAUAUUUUACCGAUAUUAUUUAACAAAUUGGUAAAGAAUUAAAUAUACAUCAGAUCCUGUUAAAGAAAUAAGCUUAAAUCUAGAAAACAGUCUCUUUUCAUACUAAAAUAAAUUUAAAAGUUAAAAGAAAUUGCUGUUUCAUAUGAUUAAUGCACCACUAAAUUUGAAUCUUUUAAAUAAAUCUAUAAAUAUCUGUUUCUUCACUCUACUUUUAACUAAAUAUGUUAUUUUGUUUUUCUUCUAUUUUUUUUACUUUUAUUUUUUUAUGAGGAUCCAUAAGUAGGAGAGACACAUAGAAAAAGAAUUAAAAGCAGAAUAAUGUGAAACAUCAUGAAAUCGAUGCAAGGUUCUUUAACUGUGAACAAUCUAUAUGAUAAAUCUAUUUAAUUUGCUUCAUAAUCACAGUUGCUGCAUUUAUAGUAAAGUAUGUUGUGACUAAAGUAAUACAAAUUUAGUUCAUGCAAUCUUAUAAAAUCCUGACGGUAUGUAUCUAUCACAAUGCAAAAAAUAUUAAUAGAAUUUGUACAUAAAUACGUGUAUCCAAAGAGCACAUAUAAGUGGCGUGUAUAAUUAACAUUAUUAAAAUAUAAUUUUAUUCCUUAAAAGUUUCAUUAUUAUAGAAUUUAUAAGGUGGUUCACA